AUGCGAUUUCUCCUCAAAAUACUUGCGCUUUGCGCGGUGUUUAUACCAGCUUCAACAUCCUCCCCUCUUGAACGAGUUAGCUGUCAUGACAAUAACAACGACUACACCAGGCCAGUUGUGACCAUCGAUUCGGGCGUUAUCAUCGGUAAAAAUGAGCAUGUCCCCGGCUCAACGGAAACAGUGCAUCAGUUUCUCGGUAUCCCUUUUGCCAAACCGCCAGUCAAGAACCUUCGGUUCUCACCACCAGAACACCCACUGCCCUGGCAUAAGCCCCUGCAUACUACCGAAAGCCCUCCAGCUUGCAUACAAGAUUUCGGCAACAAGACUUCUGGGAGCGAAUUUCAAAAGGCGUUGUUCAACACGCCUCCCGCACCUGGGGAGAGCGAAGACUGCCUGUAUUUGAACGUCUACCGGCCCAAAGGUGAUUACAAGGGAAAACCGAUAUUGUUCUGGAUAUUCGGCGGUGGGUAUAGAUUUGGAGCAAGUUCGUAUCCGUUUUACGACGGGUCAAGCCUUGCUGCAAAUCAGGAUAUCAUUGUGGUUACUGCCAAUUAUCGAACGAACUACAAGCGGAACUUGGGUAUACUUGAUCAAAGACUGGCUCUUGACUGGGUAAAGAGAAACAUCCAUGCAUUUGGAGGUGACCCCAAUAAAGUCACCAUUGCUGGACAGUCUGCCGGAGCAGUAUCCGUGGGCCAUCUUAUCAACACAGCUCCCUCUACCCUGCCGUUUCGAGCUGCCAUUUUGCAAUCAGGCUCUUCGCUCUUCCAACUCCCUCCAAGUCCCCCCAAUAGCGAAUUCUCAUCUUGGACGGGCUUGGUGCAACGUCUCAACUGUACCAAUAGCUCAGAUGCGGCCGUCCUAGAAUGCGUUCGUGGCGCAAGCGUUGGUACCUUGCGUAAGAUACUGUUGGAGACCGGUUUGCCGUUCCAAACCCCCAACAUGGACAAUGUUACUGUCCUUGAAUACCCAGCCAAGGCGUAUGCUGCAGGCCAGGCCGCGAAAGUACCGAUCCUCAUAGGCUCAACUCUAGACGAUGGAUCAACGUUCGCUUACGGCAAGGGGGACAAUGUCACAGCCUUCAUCAACAGUUUAUCAUUUCCCCCUGAAAUAGCGGAGGCGAUAAUUAAACUGUAUGCACCGAACUCCACGGCAACAGCAAGCCUAUCAACCGGUAGCCAAAUAAUCUCACAGAUUAUAACGGAUUCGACAUUUCGUUGCCCUGCUGGCUUCGCCGCGAACCUUACUGCAACAACUCUGAAGGUACCUGUAUGGCAGUAUCUGUUCAACGAUCCGGCCGCAAGUCAUCCUGACUACGCAGAACUAGGAGUCUACCAUACGUCUGAUAUAGCUUAUGUAUUCGGCACGCAGGGGCUUCGCGAUCCGGGACAGGCGAACAAGCUCUGGUUACAAAAGCUAUGGGCAGACUUUGUCAAGAACCCGCAGGCCGGCCCAAGCUGGAAGCAAUACCCUUCCGUUGGCCUGCUAAGAGGAGACCGGGCAAACGCUAUUCCUACCGAGAACGUGAAGACACUGGAUCCCAUCUGCCGAGUGUGGGAUAAGCUGUACUCGUCGGUACUGCUCAAGCACUGA